AUGGUAAUAGCAGCCAGAAGGCUAUGGCCAUACUUCCAAGCUCAUCCAAUCAAAGUGUUAACGGACCAACCGCUUCGAAGAAUUCUCCACUCACCGGAGACGUUAGGCCGACUAAUUCAGUGGUCAAUAGAGCUUGGCGAAUUUGAUAUAGAAUAUAAACCUCGAAUUGCCAUCAAGGCACAGGUAUUGGCAGAUUUCCUUGCAGAAUACACAUAUCCAGAGCCGGAGGGGCUCCCCAAAGAAGAACCCAAACCUUGGGUCCCUCAGGUCGACGGAUCAACAACUAAAGAUGCAAGCGGAGCAGGCUUAAUUCUAACAUCCCCGAAAGGACAAUGCCUUAGCUACGCGCUUAGGUUUGAGUUCAAAACAACCAAUAAUGAAGCCAAAUACGAAGCCCUAGUGGUUGGAUUAGAGUUGGCAAGUACCGUUGGAGCUAGCCAUGUGCUGACCAAAAGCGAUUCACAACUGGUUGUGGGACAAGUCCUCGGGGAAUACACCGUCAAGGAAGAGAUCAUGCAAAGGUAUGUGGAUAAAGUAAAGGCUCAAGUUGCGAAAUUGCAAGGCUUCAAUAUUGUCAGAAUCCCAAGGGAGGAAAACAAUGAAACAGAUUAUUUGGCAAAGCUGGCCAUGGCUAAGGAGGACGCUAUUCCACGGAAUACAUCUGUAAGAUACUUAGAGUUGCCAAGUAUCGUCUCCCUAGAUAUACAAGUUCAAGCCAUCAAUUACAGUGACUCAUGGACUGGUCCCAUAGUUGACAACAUAACAAAUGAGACACUACCAGGAGAUAAGGUCAAAGCCAGACAGCUCAAGAUCAGAGCUGCAAAGUACUUGAUGAUGGGAGAUGUGCUAUAUAGAAGGAGUUUUUCAUUACCUUACCUGAGGUGUCUCACCACAACGGAGUCUUUGCAAGCUAUGGAGGAGGUCCACCAAGGAAUAUGUGGGGAUCACCAAGGUGGCCGCAUGCUAGCUUACAAACUCCUCAGGUUAGGGUACUACUGGCCCAGCAUGCAAAAGGAUUGCAACUCUAUGGUACAAAAAUGUGAAAAAUGUCAAUGCUUUGCAAAUAUCAUUCAUGGAUCACCUACGGUUUUAACCCCAAUGAAAGGACCUUGGCCAUUCGCCCAAUGGGGGUUAGACCUGAUUGGCCCGCUUCCCAUGGCUGUGGGCCAGGUCCAGUAUGCUAUAAUAGUUGUGGAUUACUUCACAAAGUGGGUUGAAGCUAAGGCACUGGCCACAAUCACAGCGGAGGGAAUACACGUGCAUUAUGCCUCUAAAAAAGCUAAUGGGCAGGUUGAAGUUACGGAUCGAACCAGCAAAAAAGGGAUUAAGAAGAGGCUGCAAGAGGCCAAAGGAACCUGGCCGGACAAACUUUAUAAUGUGCUAUGGGCAUAUCGAACAACACCCCGAACUACAAUUGGAGAAACACCAUAUUCUCUUGCAUUCGGGGCAGAAGCAGUAGUCCCCAUUGAAGUGGAACUCCUCAACUACAGGACUGCAAGCAUCGACCACCAAGAAAACCAAGAGGAUCUUAGGGCUGAGCUAGAUCUCUUGGAAGAAACAAGGGAAACAGCAAUGGCCAAAAUAGCCAUUUACCAGCAGAGGAUGGUCAAGUACCAUGAAGCACAAGUUAGGCCAAGAAGCUUUCGUACUGGUGAUCUAGUUCUACGGAAAGUAGAUCCCACUGGGAAGAAAGUGGGCAAGCUCGACCCAAAUUGGAAAGGCCCCUAUCAGGAAGGCCCCUAUCAGGUCCUACACCAUGUCAAAGCUGGUGCAUACAGGCUCGCAACCUUAAGGGGAAAAGAACUACCGAACUCAUGGAACGCAGAGCAUCUCAAGAAAUACUACAAGUAG